ACCAAUGCAAAUUUUAAUUUUGGCCUUUGUAUUCCUUUAAUCAGUCAUCACUCUUCAUGUAGUUGACAGAAGGUGUUAAUCAUUGCUCUAUGUGUGGCUGACGGAGAUGGCUAAUAGUUUCUCUGUGUGGCUGACAUGAGAGGAUAAUCGCUGUUCUCUGGGUGUCUAGCUGGAAGUUGAUAGUAAUUAAUUGUUUAGUUGUGAUAUUGAAUAUGAAUUUGCAGGGGUGUGGCUUUGAAAUAGUUAAUCAUAGUUGAUCUCAUAAGUUUUGCAAAUGUGAGAAACAGAGUAUCUGAAAACGUGAAUAGUGAAAAUAAAUAGGGUUAACAGGACACCUCCUUAAUCCUUGUAAAACAUCUGCAAUGUCCAUGUGAGGAACAGAGACCAAAUAGUAUGACAUGUUAUGGUUGGAGUCAAGGACACAUUGUGAAAAAAUGGGCCAUGCAAGCCAGCCACCUCAUCUGUUUUAUAUAAAGCUGUGAACAUGUAAUUAUGGUUCACACCGCUGGAAGCAAGCAAUUCCUUAACAUUAUGUUUCCUCCUCGCUGGACUCUUAUCCUUUUCCUGUUUUCCUAUGGAGACUUUACAGAAAGCACACCUCUAGCUGUUCCAGAUAAUGAGAACCCUCUUCCAGAGCAGGUCUCCUGCUCAGCUAUGAAUCCUGUGAGAUCCUCAGACAGUCUAUACUUGGGUAGUGAUGGGCGUAACCCUCUGCACAUGGAGUUCCAGUUUUCUGACAUAUCAAGCAACCUGUCAUCUUUUGACUUCCGGACUUUUGACUCAGAAGGUAUAAUUUUCUAUGGAGAUGUUGGAAUGGACAGCUGGUUUGUGCUGGGGGUCAGGGAGCGUAAAAUGGAGGUCCAGAUGAGCAACAGCAAUGGACAGAUGGUUCUGUCCAAAUGGGGGCCAGAUGUGAGCGAUGGCAAAUGGAGGAAGGUGGUUGUGGACAGUAGGGUCAAUACUGUUGAGGUGACAGUUGACGGAGAACUUGUGGUGAGGUUAACGCAUCAUGUGAACCUUCAGCUCAGUCCUCACAGCUACUCAAAGCUGAGCAUCAUUCUAGGAGGCCUGCCUGUAGGGCCCAGCCAUCAGCUUUUAAGACCGCUCCAGCCUGCCUUGGAUGGGUGUAUACGCAACUGGGCCUGGGUGAAGAAGGACGUACAAGUUCUGGUUGAUGCAAUGGAGAAAGAUGAGAACCUUCGUUGUUUUGAAGAGGAAGAACCUGGCUCUUACUUCCCUUCAGAUGGUUAUGCCAUCUUUAAACCAAGCAUGUUUCAGCCACCGGACAAUGAACCUUGGGGCCUGGCGGUUAGAAUCUCUUUCAGAGUGCAGAAGGGCAGUGGGACUCUACUGGCAAUUAAUGGACCUGGUAACGUCACCAUGUUUGCAGUAACGGUGGACUGGCAGAAACAGGUUCUAGUGAUCACUCUGCCUGGUAAACUCCCGACUUACUUCAACUUCCCAUUAAAUCUGUGCUCAGGACAAUGGCAAUUUGUAGAUAUCAAGAUCCAAUCCAAUCAUAUGUUGGUGAGCACAGAGCACGGAUCAUCUUCCUGGAACAUGAAUCCCGCGUACUUGAAGGUUUUAGAAAACACCUGGCUUGAUCCUACAUCUCAGAUUUUUAUUGGAGGUUUCCCAGAUGAAACAGCUGAAGAGGAGACGCAUUUUUCUGGGUGCCUGAAAAUUAUUCUUCAAGGAGAAGCUGUGAGCUUGGACAAAGCGCAGUAUAAACACCCUCACGUGCGCACUCACAGCUGCCCCAGAGGCAUACAGCUGAAAUAGGCACCAACGCACACCGAUAAAGGGCCAGAUUACAAGUGGAGCGCUAAUUUAUCGCGCAAUAAAUAACCAACCAUUACAAGAGGCUGGUUAUUGAUACCAUGAGCUCGCGGCAGCAAUUAGCUCUCAAAAAAUUAACUAGGGGUCAGACCUCUUUAAAAAUUUUAAAUGUCCAACAAUUUUACCCUAAAUAACAUGUGAGGUCCCUAGUUAAAAAUAAAUUUUUUGUUUGUUUAAAAAAACGGCACUAAGCAGUUUUUGGGGGCUAAAGUUGGCGGGUGUUAGAAAAGAAACGGCAUUACAUAGUGGUCUCUGGGAACUGUCUGUUCCCUGUAAAUAUAUAUGUAUAUAAGCAUUUACAUAUAUAUUGAUAUUAACACAUAAAUAUAUAUCUAUAUAAGCAUAUACAUAUUUACAUUUGCUGCCCAUCGCUGCGCGACUUACCCCCUUCGCUGCGCUAGUUCUCAUGGUGUAAUCUGGCUCAAAGUCGGUUUUAAGGCUUAAAUGGACAUUCUAUUCAUUUUGUUCUGAAUUGCUUAAAAGAGAUUGUUUCAAAAUGCAUAACUGUUUAUUUUAUUUCUGUCGUAUAUAAACCAUUUUCUUGUCGGCCUUGCAGCAACAUUUAGUUCUCCACCAUUAAGGCUUUAGGAGUUUGUGAGCAUUGCUGAAAAAUAAAUAAAAAAAAUGAUCAUGUAAA